AUGCCAAGAGCGUGUUAUCACAGCAGCACAAGUUCUUCUUUUUUGCACGACCUAAAACUCGCAUGCGGGGGCUCAACUGAUAACCAUGCUUAUCCUGUAGCAACAUGUUGCCUUCGCCCCGCUCGCUCAAGCUCUUAUACAUUUUUGACAUUUUUGAUUCCUCUCUCUAGCACGCAAAAGCUCCUUUCUCAGUGGGCUUUGCUAUGUUUCACAAGAUUUUCGGCAAAAAUACCUUCAACCUCGCGUUCUCAGCAUUACAAACCACGUUUCUUGAUGUCCUUCUUCUUUUGUUUCCUAUCUGUCGUUUCGCUACAAACAAAAAAAAAUGAACCUUCGUGUAAAAUUUUCAAGAAUUCGCACUACUGUAAGAUGAUGCUCUUUUUCGGUUUCGCGACUACAUUUAUUUCCGUUUCGCUGUUGAGUCUCCGCGGAAGUUCAACAAAAUUUAUUUUCGAGAUCUGUGCACAACAAACCAAGUGCGGCAAUUUGUAAUGCUAAACGGCGUUCUGCAUAAGAGUGCCAGACUUAGUUUGUCAUGCUGUUUCUACACUUCUGGUCGUUUUGUACAAAAUUAAUCUGUUCAUCCACAACUUAAAAGUAUAUUUCUUUCCCGGUUCUUCAUGCCUAUCGUGUUUUCGCAGUUUCAGUUUCAGAAUUCCGUGUAUGAUUUCGCGUUCUCCUUUUUUGAAUUACAUCUGGUUUUUCUCUUGUGGCGAUAGAGGUUUCUAGUGGCUAUCGAAGGUCUUCCCUCCUCCUGGCUUAGUUCUUCUACCUUCUCUUAUCGGAUUUCAAAACUCGCGUUUUUCAACACUGAUGUCAAGACCUCUUUUUUUGGAGGGGGGGUUGUAACAAUUGUGGUGUCAGGGACCGUACGAGGGGGAGUGCACGCCCCACCGUACGGCUUUCUGGCGCGCGAUUGUGUCGGCCCUCUCGAGUAGCAAUCGUUUCGUAGCUAAGGCUUCAGCGUAGGGGUAGAAACUAAAGAGGCAGCCAGGAGAGAGGGGAGAGAGGAAGAGAGCACCAGGAGGGACAUCGUUGAUGUCAGGAAUCGCAAGGCGUUUCGUGGUAGACAGUACCUGUUUCAGGAUGAACACUGAACGAACUGCACUGCUUUCCUUCUGUUUUAGGUUGGUUCUACCUAUCUACUGAGUUCGUUCCCGGACCGAGCUGGUUCGGAGGUUCUGCCACAUCCUGGAGCGUGUUCAGGGUGUGUUGCUCGAUAAGUGGUCGAUGUUCCUUCCCACUUUUAACAG